AUGCCGGUCGUCAAGGGAGGAGUUUGGACAAAUGCCGAGGAUGAAAUCCUCAAGGCGUCCGUCUCAAAAUAUGGACUGCAUCAGUGGGCGCGCGUGUCGUCGCUGCUGCAGCGCAAGACCCCAAAGCAAUGCAAAGCCCGAUGGAACGAAUGGCUAGACCCGAGCAUCAGGAAGAUCGAGUGGAGCAAGGAAGAGGAUGAGAAGCUGCUGCAUCUGGCCAAGUUGAUGCCGACGCAAUGGCGCACCAUUGCCCCUUUGGUCGGUCGCACGGCGAACCAGUGUCUUGAACGAUACCAGAAGCUCUUGGACGAGGCCGAGCAGCGUGAAGCCGGCGGACUCGGUUUGACGGGUCCUGAUGGCGGCGAGACGCAAGCACCUACUGCCGACGACGUCCGACGACUGCGACCUGGUGAGGUGGAUCCGAAUCCCGAGAGCAAGCCCGCCAAGCCCGACACGAUCGAUCUCGACGAAGAUGAAAAGGAGAUGCUCAGCGAGGCACGAGCUCGUCUUGCCAAUACUCAGGGAAAGAAGGCCAAGCGGAAGGCAAGAGAACGUCAACAAGAGGAGUCGAGGCGCUUAGCGACCCUGCAGAAGCGCCGCGAGCUCAAGACGGCUGGCAUCAAUAUCAAGGUCGUCACGCGCAAGAAGGGUCAGAUGGACUACAAUGCCGACAUUCCUUUUGAAAAAGCACCGGCUGCUGGUUUCUACGACACUACGGAAGAACAGAACUUGAAUGAACGGGAGCGCGCUGCAUUUGAUCCUCGGAAGCAGCAACUUGCCAACAAGCGAAAAGGCGAACAGGACGAUGACGGGGAGAGGAAGAAGCGCAAGAAUGAGAAGGACGGCAACUCGGCUGCGACACAGGCUGCCAUGAAGGCUGGCCAGCUGCAAAAGAUUCGUGAGGCAGAACAGAGCAGCAAGCGACGAGCACUCAACUUGCCGGCACCUCAAGUCGGCGAGGGUGAGCUCGAAGAGAUUGUCAAGAUGGGUAUGAUGGGCGAACGUGCCAAUCUGGUUGCACAGUCCAGUGACAAUGACGCCACAAGAGGACUCGUCAACUCUUACUCCACUAUUACUUCUCAGACUCCCAUCAGGACGCCCAUGGCACCGGCCCAAGAAGACCAUAUUGCCAACGAAAUCCGAAAUAUCAAGGCCUUGACAAAUAACCAGUCGGCAUUGCUGGGGGGUGAAAAUGCCGAUUUACAGGAAGGAUCUGCCUCAACCGGCUUUGACGGUGUCACCCCACGCAGACAGGUUGUUGCUACACCAAACCCUCUGGCUACACCUCUCAGAAAUGGUGCGGGUGGAGUCGGAGCAACGCCAGGAAGAGUUGGACAGACACCUCUCAGGACGCCACGGGACAAUCUUGCUCUUAAUGCCAAUGGCGGCAUGUCUUUAAGCUUGGGUUCACGGCUCAAGCAAGGGCUCGCGUCCUUGCCGAAACCGAAAGAAACCGAUUGGGAGCUUGAGGCUCCAGAGGAUCAGAUGGAAAUGGUUGUGGCGGAUGAGCUGGUCGAGGAUUCAGAGGAAAGAGAUCGACGUGAGCGAGAAUUAAGGGAGGCCCAAGAAGCCCUGGAACGCAAGCGUCGCACACAAGUUAUGCAAAAAGAGCUUCCACGUCCCGACACCGUGGACAUUGAAGCACUAAUGAAGGAAGCUUCCCUAGUCGAAGACCCGAUAGAAGCAUUGAUCGCCAAGGAAGCCGCUCUUCUCAUUGCAAACGAUGCUGCCAAGUACCCUCUUCCAGGCUCGAGUCUCAAGGGCAAGCCCGCUCGUCUCGCCCAAUUAGAAGAUGCAGCAUUGGCAGAAGCUCGACUCAAAAUCCUUAUGGAGACCAGGGACAAGCCAAAGUCGGAAGAUGUCUCGGCUGUAUUCGAGCGGGAGAACUGCAAUGCCAUUAUGCUGGGGCUCGGCUGCUACGUUGAUGACGAGGAGGAAGAACAGGCUGUCGCUAUGCAGAAUGCCUACGAUGCAGUACAGGCUGCCACCAUGUCGACAGUGGAGAAAUGCGCAAAACUCGAGAAGCGGCUCACGCUCCAUCUCGGAGGUUACCAGCACAGAGCCAAGACGCUCCGCCAGAAAAUGAACGAGGCUUUGGAAGCACUGGAAAAGGCACGACAUGCAUUGAGCGGCUUUCAAUCUCUGGGCAUUUCGGAGGAGAUUGCUGCCAAGAGCCGACUCGACGCUCUACGCGAAGAGGUGGCUUAUGUUAGUCGCAGAGAGCGUGAAGCUCAAAACAUGUACAAAGAAACAAGGGAAGAGCUCGAGGCAAUUGGUGGCGUUAACGGGUAUCACUGA